CCGGUUAAGGUGCACCACGUAAUACUUACCGAUGUUGGACACGAACAUCUGUUCCUCUAUCUCACUGAUCAAUUUAACAAUAUAACUCCGGUGUGGUAUUAUGCGACUAAGUAUUAAAACAAAUCACGACUCCAUAAUUUAGUUGUAUUGCAACGAAAGAUGUUGUUCGGAUGUUAGCGUUUAGUCAAUUUACAAUCCGGUUAGCAAAUGUGAAGUGGAACAAUGCUAUGAAGAGGACUGAAGGUUCCACUGGGGGAGACGUAAACAAUCCGAAGCACGAACUGCAACUAGGGGUCUACUGUCGUUUGACGGAGAUUAUUUUUCCGAUGGAGUCACUCAACACUUUCGAGUCUGAGAUGGAGGCUGAUGGGCAGGGGAACUAUUCUCUGUUUCCUGCUCUGGACAGCAUCGCAAGUCUGUCUGGAAGCGGUGAAACUUUGGAGAGUGAACCACCAAGUGAAAUUGCAGAGAAGCCAAACCUCACAUGGCUCGAUGCUGCACAGAUUGUAUUGGAAGAAGCAGGACGUCCCAUGCACAUAAAGGAAAUUAAACAAAGAAUCAUUGACAGGGGACUUGUUCAAUCCAAUGCAAAAUCGAGCCUGGAGGCAGUCAUGUACCGUGAGACACAAAAAGGAAGCAGGAGAUUCAAGAGGAUUGAGAACAGAAACGGAGUCUUUGCAUUGCUGACUGAUGAGGAGCGGCAGCAGGCCCUGCAGGCCUUCACUGCCCAGUCUUUCCUCGGCUCUCCACAGCAGAAUACCCUCUCCAGUUCUGGAUCAGGUGCCUCAGGCCCUGCAUUUCCAUCUCCAACAAGUUCUUCAGAGCAUAAGACCAAGAUGAAGAGAGGUCCAAGAAAAAAUCUAAAUGAAAAGUACAGACUCAAGUACCUUCGACUGCGUAAAGCUGCCCGUGCCAUGAUAUUUGAGAAUGCAGCUCUCUGUGAUGAAGUCGCUCACUUAGAGGAAAAAUUUUUGAGAGCAAAGGAGGAGCGGAGGUUUUUACUGAAGUCACUGUUGCAGUACCAGUCUUUUUCGGAGGGAGAGUUAAUGCCAACACCUAGCUUAAGCUCAGCUGCUCCACCUGUGGCAUCGACCCCAGGUGCUGCUGGAGGCUCAGGCCUAUCUGGGGGGCAUAACCAUGUAUCAGCGGGGCCAACAGUGGAAGAGGGGUCUCUUAAGAAACCCAAAAAGGAAAGGAAAGAGCGAGGCAGGGAAAAUGGAAAAGAGGAACUUCCAAAGAAGGUUUCUAAGAAAAGAAAGCUGGCAGACGGUUCUCGAAAGCUGGUGCAGCCCAUUCCCCUGGACUCCUGUGGCCGCCCUGUCUUCCCCAUCGUACUGGGGGGGUUAACAGUAUAUAGUCUUGGAGAGAUCAUCACAGACAGAAUGUUGUUCCAUGAUGAGUGUGCCAUCUACCCGGUGGGCUUCUGCAGCACUCGAGUCUUUGCCAGCAUGAAAAACCCUGAGCAGCAGUGCCUCUACACCUGCCAGAUCAAGGACGGGGGAACAGGCCCACAGUUUGAGAUUGUGCCUGAGGAAGACCCUCAGAAUGCCAUUGUGGCCUCCUCUGCUCUGACGUGCCACUCCAACCUUCUGAAGGCCAUUGCAUCAGCCAGUUCCAGGACUAUGGCCCCAAUUGUGCCAUCAGGAGCAGACUUCUUUGGCUUCUCACAUCCAACCAUCCAGAAUCUUAUUCAGAGUUGCCCUGGAGCACGGAAAUGUAGCAACUACCGAUGGAUACGUUUUGAUGUGUGUCGCCCCGGGGAUGGCCAAGUGCCUCACAGCCUAUCAGAGGAUGAUGCCUCCGUCAACUUCGAGGCAUACCAGAGACACCAGGGGUUUGAUGAGAACAUCAAGACGGAGCAUUCAACAGGGCAGAUGGCGCAGUCUCCUAGCUCCUCACAUCAGCACCACCUAAUCUCCACCAUGAAGCCUUCUGCCUCAUAUUUCAGUGCCUGAUUCCAAAAAGCUCUGCUGAAUGUCGACACAUGUACAUGAUGGUGAAACCUGUAUUGACAGAAUUCACACUGCUAUUUAUUCCCUUUUGAACAACUAAGGCAUACGGUAACUCAAAUCAGUGUAGUUCACGGUAUGUUGUGAUCAGGCAGUGUUUCUGAUGAUUGAUGCUUUUAAACUGGAUGUGGCUGUUGAGUUAGCUUGCUCAAUAUGUUAAAAGCUUCACAUAAACCCAACAUCUCUUUAUUAAAACAAAUGCUUCUUUUUUUUUUUACUGUAUGUGUAUAAACAGAAGUGUUUGACUGAAAAAUUAAGUCCUAUUCAGAAUUAUAUUUAACAUGUAUUGAAGAUAUUUUUUUACCUUUUGGAGGAUACACUCCAAAAAUGAAUAAUUAUUCUUUCUCAUGUACAAGUUUUUAGCUCAAUAAUGCAAUGGUAUAUGACUUUUGUUCCCAACAUAAAGCUGCAGUUGUGACACCCUGAA